GUGUGACGUCGAAGUCAUCCAUCCGCAUCUUGAAACGCCGCUUUGAACUCUCGAAACUCUCUUUCAGGACUCCUGCUUUUUCUUUUCUACCACCGUUUUUGCCCUCUUCUUUCUUUCAUAUUUGUACUCUUCGUUUUCCUUUUGAAGCUGAACAUGUCAGGCGGAACAUCGGUACAAAAAGAUCGUCAGUUCCUUGCUGUGAUUGGUGACGAAGACUCUGUUACGGGACUUUUGCUCGCCGGCAUUGGACAUACAAAUCAACAGCAAAAACGAAACUUCUUGGUCGUGGAUGCCAAAACGCCUUUGGCCUCCAUCGAGGAAACAUUUACAGAAUUCGUACGUCGAAAGGAUAUUGCAAUUAUUUUGAUUAACCAACAUAUUGCCGAAGAAAUACGAGAACUGAUUGAUAGUCAUCAUGCUGCAUUCCCCACCGUUCUCGAGAUACCCUCCAAAGAUCAUCCUUAUGAUCCCGAAAAAGAUAGCGUAUUGAAGCGUGUCAGAAGAUUAUUUGGCGAGUAAAAUCGAAGAAAU